AUGAUGUACAGCUUCAUGGGAGGGGGCCUAUUUUGUGCCAUCGUGGGGAACAUCCUGUUGGUGGUCUCCACCGCCACAGACUACUGGAUGCAGUACCGUCUGUCUGGCAGCUUUGCCCAUCAGGGCCUGUGGAGGUACUGCAUGUCUGGCAAGUGCUAUAUGCAGACUGACAGCAUUGCCUACUGGAAUGCCACUCGUGCUUUCAUGAUCCUCUCUGCCAUGUCGUGCUUUGCUGGCAUCAUCGCGGGAAUCCUCUCCUUUGCCCACUUCUCGGCUUUUGAGAGGUUCAACCGCUCAUUUGCUGCUGGGAUCAUGUUCUUUGUUUCAACUCUCUUUGUUCUGCUUGCAAUGGCCAUUUACACUGGGGUGACAGUGAACUUCCUGGGAAAACGCUUUGGUGACUGGCGCUUCUCUUGGUCCUACAUACUAGGCUGGGUGGCACUGCUCAUGACCUUCUUUGCAGGUAUAUUCUACAUGUGUGCCUACAGAAUGCAUGAGUGCAGAAGAGUGGCUGGCCCACGUUAA